GCGGGCGCCGCGCGGUGGGCGUGGCCGGAGCCGCUCCGAGGGACGCGCCGGGCCCGGGGAGGAGGAGCGGGAUCGGGAGCGGGAUCGGCCCUUCCCCGGCGCCGGGGCGAGGCCGCAGCGGAGCGGGGCGGGGGGUGGCCGGGUCCGGCCCAUGGACCGUCCGUGCCCGAGGCGGAGCCCGUGGAAGGAGCCGCUCGGCCGCGGGAGGCGGCGCGCGGCGGCUGAGCGCGGCUGAGCUCCGGGGCCUUCGCUUCGCCCCGUCCCGUCCGUGCCCCGCGCCCGCCGCCCGAGCGGCACCAUGUCGGCCAAGGUGCGGCUGAAGCGGCUGGAGCAGCUGGUGCUGGACGGGCCGCAGGGGCACGACAGCGUGCUGAGCGUGGAGACCCUGCUCGACCUCCUGGUCGGCGUCUACGCCGAGUGCAGCCGCGACUCGCCGCUCCGCCGCGACCGAUACGUGUCCGACUUCCUCGAGUGGGCAAAACCAUUUACAAAAUUGGUAAAGGAAAUGCAGCUCCAUCGAGAUGACUUUGAAAUUAUAAAAGUGAUUGGAAGAGGUGCAUUUGGAGAGGUUGCAGUUGUUAAAAUGAAGUGUACAGAGCGCAUAUAUGCAAUGAAAAUUCUAAAUAAAUGGGAAAUGCUUAAAAGGGCAGAGACAGCUUGCUUCCGAGAGGAGAGAAAUGUCUUGGUGAAUGGAGAUUGUCAGUGGAUUACUACAUUGCACUAUGCCUUUCAAGAUGAGAACUAUUUGUAUCUAGUGAUGGACUACUAUGUUGGUGGUGACUUGCUGACACUUCUCAGUAAAUUUGAAGACAAGCUUCCUGAAGAUAUGGCUAGGUUCUACAUUGGUGAAAUGGUGCUUGCUAUACAUUCCAUACAUGAGCUGCAUUAUGUGCACAGGGACAUAAAGCCUGAUAAUGUUCUUUUGGACAUGAAUGGCCACAUACGACUGGCAGACUUUGGGUCCUGUCUGAAAAUGAGUGAAGAUGGCACAGUACAGUCAUCAGUAGCAGUGGGUACUCCUGACUACAUCUCUCCUGAGAUCUUGCAAGCGAUGGAAGAUGGAAUGGGGAAAUAUGGGCCUGAGUGUGACUGGUGGUCACUGGGUGUCUGCAUGUAUGAAAUGCUGUAUGGUGAAACACCUUUCUAUGCAGAGUCACUGGUGGAAACCUAUGGGAAGAUUAUGAAUCAUGAAGAACGAUUUCAGUUUCCAUCCCAUGUUACAGAUGUAUCUGAAGAAGCAAAAGAUCUUAUUCAGCGACUUAUCUGCAGCAGGGAGCGGAGACUGGGACAGAAUGGAAUAGAGGAUUUUAAAUCUCAUGCAUUUUUUGAAGGACUUAAUUGGGAUAACAUCCGAAACCUAGAAGCACCUUACAUUCCAGAAGUUAGCAGUCCUUCUGACACCUCGAACUUUGAUGUAGAUGAUGAUGUACUAAGAAAUCCAGAAGUGGUGCCACCGAGUUCUCAUACAGGCUUUUCUGGAUUGCAUUUACCAUUCGUUGGGUUUACAUACACAACUGACAGCUCUUUAUCUGAUAGAGGCACUUUAAAGAGUGUGCUGCAGUCUGACACUGUAACCAAAGAUACGGAUGUACAGCGAGACUUAAAGAACACUUCACAAAUAGAAGGCUAUGAAAAGAAAAUACGGAAAUUAGAGCAAGAAAAGCAGGAUUUGAACAGAAAACUGCAAGAAUCUACACAGACAGUGCAGAACCUCCAAGGUCCAGUGUGUGUUACAGCAAAUACAAGCCGUGAUAAGGAGAUUAAAAAAUUAAAUGAAGAAAUUGAACGGUUGAAGAACAAAUUAACAGAUAUAAGUAAACUGGAAGCACAGCUUGCGGAUGCAGUGGCUUUUCGACAAGAACAUGAAGACUCCAUGCACAAGUUAAAAGGACUAGAAAAGCAGUGCAAAGUACUGAGGCAGGAAAAGGAGGACCUUCAUAAGCAACUUGUAGAAGCCUCAGAGAGAUUAAAGAUGCAGUCCAAAGAGCUGAGGGAUGCCCACCAGCAGAGGAAGCUGGCUGUGCAGGAGUUCUCCGAGCUUAGUGAGAGGAUGGGAGACCUGCGCUCCCAAAAGCAGAAGCUGUCCCGGCAACUUCGCGACAAAGAGGAGGAGUUGGAAGUGAGCAUGCAGAAAAUCGAUGUUCUGCGGCAGGACGUCCGUAAAGCGGAGAAGAUGAGAAAAGAGCUGGAAGCCCAACUUGAAGAAGUUGUAGCAGAAGCAUCAAAGGAACGCAAGCUCCGUGAGCACAGCGAGGUUUUCUCCAAACAACUGGAAAAUGAACUGGAAGCUCUAAAGUUAAAGCAGGGAGGCCGGGCAGCUGGUGCCACCCUGGAACAUCAGCAGGAACUUUCCAAAGUUAAGUCUGAGCUGGAAAAGAAAAUCUUAUUUUAUGAAGAGGAGUUGGUCCGACGAGAAGCAUCACAUGUUUUGGAAGUAAAAAAUGUGAAAAAGGAAGUGCAUGAUUCAGAAAGCCAUCAACUUGCACUCCAGAAAGAGAUCAUGAUACUGAAGGAUAAAUUAGAAAAAACAAAGCGAGAGAGGCACAGUGAAAUGGAGGAAGCAGUAGGAACAAUGAAGGAGAAAUAUGAACGGGAAAGAUCUAUGCUCUUGGAAGAUAACAAAAAACUAACAACAGAAAAUGAGAGGCUCUGCUCUUUUGUGGACAAACUAACAGCACAGAACAGACAGCUGGAAGAUGAGCUCCAAGAUCUAGCAGCAAAGAAGGAAUCUGUUGCUCACUGGGAAGCUCAGAUUGCAGAAAUCAUUCAGUGGGUAAGUGAUGAGAAGGAUGCUCGUGGCUAUCUCCAAGCAUUAGCUUCCAAGAUGACAGAAGAACUAGAAUCAUUGAGAAGUUCCAGUCUGGGGUCACGAACACUGGAUCCACUUUGGAAAGUGCGACGCAGUCAGAAGUUGGAUAUGUCAGCAAGGCUGGAAUUGCAGUCGGCCCUGGAUGCAGAAAUUCGUGCCAAACAACUAGUACAAGAAGAGCUACGAAAAGUUAAAGAUGCAAACAUAUCUUUUGAAAGUAAAUUAAAGGAAUCAGAAGCAAAAAAUAGAGAACUGUCGGAAGAGAUAGAAGGUUUGAAGAAAAAAUUGGAAGAAAAAUACAGAACAGAUUCAGGUCUCAAACUUCCAGACUUUCAAGAUUCCAUUUUUGACUAUUUCAACACCUCUCCUCUUGCACGUGAUUUGACUUUCAGAACCAGCUCUAUUAGUGAGCAGGAAAUGCAGGGACCCAAGUCUGAAGUUUCACCAUCUACUUCAGUUGUAACUGCAGAGCAACAACAAGAAUUUUUUGUGAUUCAGGAACCAAUUCGGCUUCAGAGGAUGCCUGCUGCUCCUUCCCCCACCAUUCAGUCCAUUUCUCUAGCUGUACCAAAGCCUAAAGCUCACCAGCUCAAUAUCAAGUCGUUCACAAGCCCCACUCAGUGUAGUCAUUGCACCUCUCUUAUGGUGGGAUUAGUUCGACAAGGUUAUGCCUGUGACGUGUGUUCAUUUGCAUGCCAUGUUUCCUGCAAGGACAGUGCACCUCAGGUCUGCCCUAUACCCCCUGAACAAGCCAAAAGGCCUCUUGGAGUAGAUGUGCAAAGAGGAAUAGGAACAGCCUACAAAGGUUAUGUCAAGGUCCCAAAGCCUACAGGAGUUAAGAAAGGCUGGCAGAGGGCUUAUGCAGUUGUCUGUGACUGUAAACUGUUCUUAUAUGAUGUGCCUGAAGGAAAAUCCACCCAGCCUGGAGUUGUGGCAAGUCAAGUCUUGGAUCUCAGAGAUGAAGAUUUUUGUGUGAGCUCUGUCCUAGCAUCAGAUGUAAUACACGCGACUCGGAAGGACAUCCCUUGUAUAUUCAGGGUGACAGCUUCUCUCUUAGGUUUGCCUUCAAAGUCUUGUUCUCUACUGAUCCUGACAGAAAACGAGAAUGAAAAGAGAAAGUGGGUUGGAAUCCUAGAAGGGUUGCAGUCUAUCCUGCAGAAAAACAGGCUGAGGAACCAGGUUGUGCAUAUUCCACAAGAAGCCUAUGACAGUACACUGCCUCUUAUUAAAGCAAGUUUAGCUGCUGCUAUUGUAGAUCGAGAUAGAAUAGCAAUUGGUUCAGAAGAAGGACUGUAUGUGAUAGAGGUGACCCGUGAUGUGAUAGUCCGAGCUGCUGACUGCAAGAAGGUGUAUCAGAUAGAACUUGCUCCCAAAGAAAAAAUUAUCAUCCUCAUCUGUGGUCGGAACCAUCACGUCCACCUUUACCCCUGGGCCUCUCUGGAUGGGUCAGAAGGGAACUUUGACAUUAAGCUUGCAGAAACUAAAGGCUGCCAAUUGAUUACAACUGGAACACUGAAGAAGAGUUCUUCUACUUGUUUGUUUGUGGCUGUCAAACGACAGGUUUUUUGCUAUGAAAUUCACAGAACUAAACCUUUCCACAAAAAAUUCAGUGAAAUUCAGGCUCCAGGAAUUGUACAGUGGAUGACAGUGUUCAAGGACAAGCUCUGUGUUGGCUACCAGUCUGGGUUCUCUCUGUUGACCAUCCAGGGAGAUGGACAAUCUAUAAACCUGGUAAAUCCUAAUGACCCCUCGCUUAUCUUCCUCUCACAGCAGUCUUUUGAUGCCCUUUGUGCUGUGGAGCUCAGUAAUGAGGAAUACCUGCUUUGCUUCAGCCAUAUGGGAGUUUACGUCGAUUCGCAAGGUCGAAGGUCACGAAUGCAGGAACUAAUGUGGCCUGCAACUCCUGUUGCCUGUAGUUGCAAUUCUUCAUAUGUAACAGUGUAUAGCGAGUAUGGUGUUGAUGUGUUUGAUGUUAACACUAUGGAAUGGGUCCAGACUAUUGGCCUGCGAAGGAUCAGACCAUUAAACAUGGAUGGCACGCUGAAUCUCCUUAACUGUGAGCCACCAAGGUUAAUAUAUUUCAAGAACAAGUUUUCAGCAGGAGCUGGUCUCAGUGUACCAGAAACAUCUGACAACAGCAAGAAGCAAAUGCUUCGAACCAGGAGCAAAAGAAGAUUCGUGUUUAAGGUUCCCGAGGAAGAGCGGUUACAACAAAGGCGGGAAAUGCUUAGAGACCCUGAGCUAAGGUCAAAGAUGAUUUCUAACCCAACGAAUUUCAACCACGUGGCUCACAUGGGACCAGGAGAUGGAAUGCAAGUCCUCAUGGACCUCCCACUGAGUGUCCUACCUCCUGCCCAGGAUGAAAAAACCUGUCCGUCUUCAGCUAACCUGUCACGGCAGCAGCAGCAGCAGAGAAACAAAACCUACAUCUCAUGGCCCUCAUCAAGUGGCAGUGAUGUGGGAGCAGCCAUGCCUUCCCGAAGUAUGUCCGACCCUGACCAGGAGUUCGACAAAGAGCCUGAUUCAGACUCCACCAAACACUCUACUCCAUCAAACAGCUCAAAUCCAAGUGGUCCCCCAAGUCCCAACUCUCCUCAUAGGAAUCAGCUUACGCUGGAUGGACUGGACCAGUCGACGUGUGACGCGUAGCAGCGCCGCUCCGGCUCCCGUCAUCCACUGCUCCAUGGUGUUCAACAGCAGGGCAAAGCCGUCUCAGAUGCUAGUGCCAAGACUGACACAGACUCUCUAGUGUUGUACAAGAAUAAUUAUAUAUCCAGAUUGUAGAUACAAACUAUGGAAAUGAAGAAAAUUCUUUACUAAUAGCGAUUGAGCUUUUUAUGCAGAAUUGUUCACUGCUCGGUUACGGUUGAUUCCUUUCUGCGCAGCUGUUACACAGUUUUAUUGCAUAGGAGCAUUUAAGGCCACCAGUAAAUAGUCUUAUUCUUAUGGUGAAAGAGAAAUAGAGAGAGUUACUGAUAAUGUUGCUACAAUAUCAGGAAUAUUAUUUUUCUAUAGAAUGAUGUAAUGUCUGAUUAGCAGGAAAUCCUUUUAGACAGAAUUUGGACUUCUAAAUAGGAAAUGUGAGCAGGUCUAGUUACAUCCUCAGAUGAAUACGGUUUUCCCUUUUUCCCGUAACUGUUUUUUUCCUAAAUCUUAAGGAGAAUGGUAGGAAGCUGUAGGUCAUUUCCAACAUGAGUAGAAUCACCAGGAAGUCAAAGAAAAGCUGGUUAUAGUUCUGUGGCCUUCUAAUUCAUUUAGCCAUUACAUAUACAGAUGCAUAACUGUCUUUCUAUCUUUCUACCAACUUUUUAGUCUUGUACAUAGGACUACUGACAGUUAUCUCUUUACCCAUACCCUGCUUUUAGUCCUCAUCAGUCAUUAGUCAGGCCUUUUAAAAUACUGCUGUGAAAAAAAUUUUACUCCUAGUUCCUGCCUUUCUCCUGCUGAGAAGUUGUUUCUCCUGGGUUUUUGGUGUAAGGACACACUACGCUGUUUAGCUAGCAAGCCUUCUUGUGGACGCAUUGCCCUCGGAGUCUGCUUGGCCCAAGGGACUGUAUCGCACUAAAACAUCAGUCUGUUCAUUGGUUACCAAAGUGGAACGUGAAGGAUGUGUAACUGGGGGUGCUGCUUUUCUCAUUAAUUGUAUCCUCACCUGCAUGAAGACCCCAUGAUUAUUAAUCAAGUAUUGAUCAUGUAGAAAAAUGCACAACACACUCCUGUAUAUUUUGCGAUGGCCCACGUGCGGUGAUGUUUUGCGUGUAUAUUUAAUCUCAUGCUUCCAUGUAUUAUACAUUUAGUACUCAAAAGAUUUGUGACCAUGUUUCAUUAAAAGCUUGUAAUUAAUUCAGUGGCUGGCAUAUCCAGUUUGUCAUUGUCACACUAGUGUGCCUUCUGUGCCAAUUUUAUGACAGUUGGAUGUCACUUAUUUAAAAUUCAGUUUAAAUGGGCUAAUGAUAUACCAAUGGCUAAUGUUCUUUUCUGAAACACUGUAUAGGACGUGCACUUAUCUUUAGUUUAAACUGAGUGUUCUAGUCAACAUUUAAUCCUGUUACGUUAAGUGUUCGACAGUACUUGCUCUUUUUCUCAGAUUCUUGAUAAAGGGGCUCAGUUAGAGCUGGACACUACUGCUUUGGGGGUUUUCUGGUUUUUACUUUUUUAAUGUAAGUCUAAGUCUUUGUAAUUAUUGAAUUGUGAGAACAUUUUUGAACAAUUUACAUGUCAAUAAAGCAGAAGAGGGAGGUUUUAAAGUUU